CUGCUGCCUGUCUUAUUUACCCAUACUGGUUGGCGCGACGUUGUACUACUCUUGCCACACACUAAGCUUGCGGACCAAGUACAUGGGGCUUCUAUGCAGUAAGAGCCCGCAUUAGCUAGGAGUUUGUUUUCCAAAUCGUUGUACUGUAGUUGUGUAAUACGCGAUUGCGUAACAAGGGAGGCGAUGCUCAUUCACAAGAAAGGGCUUGCACGGCGGUCGGAUGGCCCUCGCAGUCGUCGCUGCUGUGCGGUGGUUCGCGCUUUGACGCAAGUGGCGACGCCACAACCCGCAUCAAUUCAUAUUACCGUAAAUAAACCAAAUUUAUUUUACAAGGCUGUCGUCUUUGAUAUGGACGGCACGCUUUCUCAGGCGCACAUCGACUUUGCGGACAUGCGAGCCAGGACUGGCAUCCCAGUGGGUGAUCUCUUCACAGUUAUGGACGCCUGGCAGGACGACUUGCGCAUUCGCGCUGCCAUGGACACAAUCCUGGACAUUGAGGCACAUGCGGCUCAAGCGGUUAGCGCCAAGCCUGACCUCGGGCGCUUGCUGCAGCUACUGCGGGACCACCAGGUUCACGUAGCCCUGGUGACGCGGAAUACUGCGGACAGCGUGCGCGCGUUUUUCGAGCUCAUAGGGCCCGAGUGGGCGUCGCUCUUUUCUCAUGUGCUCACGCGGGAGUUUGCAUUUGUCAAGCCUGACCGGCGCUUGCUAGCCCAUUUGGCCAAGACUUGGGCCAUCGACCCAUGGGACAUGCUCAUGGUUGGGGACUCUUUCGAGGACAUCGAGUGCGGCAACGCUAGCGGCACGGCGACAUGCCUGGUUGCUGGCGGUGGCAACGAGAAGCCGGGCACCGCUGUGGAGGUCCCUCCGGGCGCAGUGGCCACCUUCGCCGUGUCUGGGCUAGGGGAGCUAGCAGAGCGGCUGCAGCGGGCAACGGAGGAGGGGCCAGCAGCGGCCGGUGUGGCGCUGGGCUGGCCGGCGCGGCUGGCGGCGGGCGAGACGAUGGGUAUAGAGGGCUCCCCAGCUCCCGGCUUGGACUUCUUUGACUGGUUGUCCGCAUGCGGGGCGCUGCGUUGCGCUCCCUGCUCCUUCCCACGCAUUGGGCAGGCUGCGGGCGGGAUGGCGACUUGUGAGGCCGCUGAGUGGGGGGAUCGAGUGCUGCAUGUGUUUUGCGGCUCGGGCGCUCUGACCAAGCUGCUUGCAAGCCAGGGACUGCAGGUGUGGGCUGUGGAUGAGGACGUAGAGGUGUGUCGGAGACGUGGCCUUCGCGCCGUACCUUUCUCCGCGGAAGCGCUGAGCCCACGUUGUCUGGAGGGAGUGCUAGCCUCCGCACCGAGCGGUGGCUUCGAUUGCGUCCUUUUAGAUGCACCGAGCAUGGCGGAGUCGCAGCGCCUGUCCUGGUGGGGCCCCCAAGGGCUGCGCUCCCUGCUGCCGGCAAUAGCAAGCGGAGGACGCCUGUGCAUGCAGGUGCCUCUUGUGGGUGCUGUUAACCCCGCCGCUGUGCUGGGGUCCCUCCGGGAAGCAGGGUUCACUGUACGACACUUUCGGGUAGCACAACCGCAAGCGGGCUGCGCAGGGGAUAUGGCGUGCAGUCAGCAGCUGCAGAUUGUUGCGAUGUUGCCUGCGGCAGUGUGAACGAAGCAAUUAACCGCAGCAAGCCGCGUUGUGUGCUGGGUGUCUGUCGGAGCUAGUAAAAUAGACACUAGCGCGGGCUGGUGUCGUCACGAGCUUACUGUGUUGCCAACGUGAGCAGGGUUGACGUCUGCAUGCAUUAUGUGAUGUGCAUGUGCACGUGAAAGGCGUGAUCCAUCGAAUUGUUGUGGUUUGUGUGUGGCUGCACCCAAGUACUUGGCGAGUCGGUUGUACUGAUGACUAAGUAACGAGGGGCGGGUACCGGUAACUGGCGCUUGCUGAAUAAACGGUACAUUGUGCGUGUUGUGUUUGAGCGGAAGUUGACGUAGGCAUUUUCCGCUUACUUUACAGUAAGUGUUUCAACACACGCAACACAAUUACCGCAUGGAUUGAAUGACAUUGUGACCUGAUGCAACAAGGUGCCUGCCGA